CGUACGCGGCGCGGGGGGCCGGUCGCCGCGCGGCAUACGCGGAGCCAUCUUGCUAGCGGUCGUCGAAUCGCUCGCGUCUCCGACACAAAUCGCUCUUAAUUCGCACUAAUUAACCGUUUAUAAUAAUAAAAACAAUCGAUAAAGUGCUCGAAUUGUGACAAAAGUGACGUGCACCGUGCGACCGAACGUUGUUGACAUAAUUCUGUGUGUUGUUGUUUUAGGUGUGUGCAUUCCGUCUGUCUAGGUUAGCGUAUUAAGAGAAAUGUGCGAGUGACAUAGUGUAGUAGUGCAGUGUAUCCAGUGUGGUGUAGUGUGGUGACAUGGAGUGACCUGGAUGUUUAUCAUGGCGUACACCAGAGGGACGGUUUCUGAAUGAUAGCUACCAUUGAAGGUGUGGUAUGGACAAGGAGAACGGCGAGGGCGACGCGGCAGCGAAGCCGCCGCCAGAAGGCCUGCUCGACCCGGCCGGGCUGUUUGGAGCAUAUUGGGGCAGAGAUGGCGCUGCGGGUGGCGCCGCUGCCCAGGCUCAGGCCCAAGCACAGGCGCAGGCGGCUCUGUUCGGCUUCGGCUCUCGCUACCCGCCGCCAACCACGCUCGGGGUUGCCGCCAACCAGGCCGCUUCGCUCGGACUACACCCCGCUGCCAGUGCGGCUUGGUGGUCCAUGGCGUCACACCUCGCGGCUCAAGACUACUUGGCCAGGCUGCAAGCCUCUGGACUGAACUUUCCUCCACUGGGUGACCCUUACGCCGCCCUGUCCGCUCUCUCAGGAGCUGGUAUGAAACAGCCUUCCAAACCUGCGAAACAAUCCAAUAGGAGUGACAGCAGGUCUGGGCGAAGCAGUACAUCAUCCAGUGUUUCCAACAAAGAGAAAAGUCCAGCUACAAGUACAUCUAGUUCACAACCUAAUAUUUCUGAUUGGGGCGCGAGCUACGGUUUCCCGAAGACCUCGUCUCCGUCCUCCAUGCCCAAUCAGUCGAUGUCCAGCCUGGCCUCGUUGAACAACCUCGCGCAACAACCCCUACACUCGAAGCCGAAGCCCCAACACACCCCUUCCAGAAAGAGCGGUUCAAGCAAGGAUAAGGAUAUGAUGUUGGCGCACGCACACUCCGCCUACCACGCAGCGCUAGCCGCGCACAAGGGGAAGAAUAUGUCUCCGUUAUACCCGUUUGGAGUGGGAUCAGAGAAGGAUCGUAGAAGUGGCAUUGACUCUCUUACUGGUCUACCACACACAAUCUUAAGUGACCCUUCAUCGGUGUUGGGCGGUGUAAGGCUUCCACCAGACACGGAGAUUAUCAAGUAUACGUCUUCACUAGCUGGACCUAAGUCGCAGACGGGCUCCACGCGUGGCCGUAAGAAGACAAUAUCGCUGGACCCGCCCCACGUGUCCGUACACCCCGCGGAACGCGCCAGCAAGCGGCAGAAAGUUGAUGAAUAUGGUAACUCUCGAUCAUCAGUGGAGGUGAUCAGGUUGCCCAAUAAGCCUGAACGCUCCGGAGCCAAUUCCGUAUCUGGAACUCCACCGCCCAAUCUAUCGGACUACGCAGGUAUAUCUCGGGAACUACUACAGACUAUAGCCAGUCAAAGUGGAGUCAGUUUAGCGGCGUUGGAGAGACAACUAGCGGGGUCUGCCGCUGCGCCCGAUUCGGGCUUAAAUCUCAGCACGAAGGGUGAAGCGCCGUUGGAUUUGGGGGCGAAGGCUGACGACGAUGCGCCCUUGAACCUUUCUCUUAAACCUACACCUGCUAACACACAAGCUUCGGACGCGUUAUCCAGACUAACUUCUCUAAGCAGUUCGCUCAGCGCUUCUAAUGACAGAAUAUCUCGUCGCAAACCAGGCGCCAAACCGAGACGAGUGGCUCCAGAAAUGAACUCACAUGUAGCGGACUCUCCCAGACCUAAGUCCAGCGGCAGUGAAGAUAGUGAAUCUGUGUCCACCUGGCCAACGAGGGAAGGAAGGCCUCGCAAUUUAGGAAGAGGAGUCAGCAAACCUAAGAAGAACACCGUAGCGUCGUUGCUAGCGCAGAGCAGAGCCCUAGGACUUCGCCCCGCUCUUGCACAGCACUUGCUGGCGGAGACUGACCUGGAAAAGCUACGGGCAUUGCUCUGCGAGGGCGCCAGCACGGACUCCGAGUGCCCGUCGGACUCCAACCCGUCCGACUCCGACACCAGCGACCCCGGCCGUCGCCUCGACACCCAGCUGCGCCUGCCGCUGGCGCUAGGCUGGAAGCGCACGACGCUGAUCAAGGGCCUAUCACGAAGCUGUCAGCUGAAGGGCGACGUGAGCUACUCGCCGCCCGCCCCCCAUCAACAUCUCGUUAUACGCUCUGCGCAGGAAUUACAGGCCUUCCUGGAAGCGAACCCCAGUCCGGCGUUGUCUCGCGAUAACUUCAGUUUCAGUGCACGCGCCUUGCUGGGAGAUUUCCUCCAGCCCGCUCCCGACGGUUCAGAGCCGUUGUUGCUAGCCGAGGCCGACGUCACGCGCCGGCUGGAGGAGGCGCGCGCGCUGGCGGCGCUGGGCGGGCGGCCCACGCCGCCGCCGCUGGAGCGCCGCAUGGAGCUGGCGCGGCGCCAGCAGGCCGCGCGCGACGCGCGCCGCGACGCCGGCCCGCGCCCGCGCGACCAGGCCCGUCUAGUCAGAGAGUUGGAACGCACAGAGAAAGCCGAGCUCGUCAAACGUGAAAAGGAGGCCAGGAGUCAACAGUUGCUGGAGCAAAUCAACAAGAAUCGAUCGCAGCUCACCAUCGAGGCUUUACCAACGCCAAAAAUAAACGAUGAAUGGAAAAUUCCAGAAAUCUUAAUGGGACCAGCCACGAAACCCAACAAAGAUAGGACGAUGCCACAAAUAAGCCUAUCUCUGAUACCGGUCAGUGGUCUCAAGGAAAACAUGCCGAUAAAAACUAUGACCUUAGAUCAAAAUUGGAAAGAAGAGACCGAGGAAUACAAUGCGUUGGACAAAAUGAAAGAUUUCGCUGAAAAAGCCGCUUUCGACUUACCCAAGAGACCGAACGACAAAUAUUUCGAUUUCACACUAACAAAGACCCCGGACAAAAGAAAAGCGCCCGACAAAGAGAACAAUCUAGAGAAACUAAUCGAAUCGUAUUCGAGAAUAACUGAAUUUAUAAACGGUUGCGAUUGGUCUAAACUGCAGGGCGACAAGAAAACUGACGAUCCAAAAAGUCUAGAACAGAAAUAUUUAGACGCCAAAAACGAAUUUAUGUCACAAAACCUUAUGUUGAUGCCGAACGACAAUCAGAAAACUGUCCAAAACGUCAUCGACUUGAGCGAAGAUGAUGAAUCAGAUAUUAUAUCGAAAAAGUUAAACAAAGGGGUAGUUAGUGUGGGGAAAGACGGGGCGUUGUCGAUAUCGGUACAACCCUUCGGAAAGGACGUUACUAGUCCGGCUAAAAGGAGGAAACAAGAAGAGUUAGAGAAACAGAAGAUCGAGGACCAAGCCAAGAGGCAGCAGGAAAGAGAAUUGAAAAGACAACAGGCUAUGCUUCUAAAAGAACAGCAAAAGUAUAUAACGGAGGAACGCGAAAGGCGACGCCAGCAUACGACGUUCAUCCGUCAAUUAGAUUCUAGAAGACGAUGGGAGGAAAGAGAAAGAAGAAAGCACCAGAACCUUCUAGACCGAUUGCUUGUUAAGGAGAAGAAAUUGCAACAGAGACGGAAAGAGAUGGAGUUGCUAGCUGAAAUACGACGACCCCAAGAAGAUUCCUCUUUAUCGGAUCAGAAACCGCUACCGACGCUAAACAGAAUACCAGGUCUUAAGAUAUCAGGGCAGGCGAUGGCAGAUCUCUUGCAAGUGUACGAGUUCCUGCACAACUUUGGACAAGCUCUUGGAUUUGUAGUAGAAAAUCUACCGUCCCUUAACACCUUACAACUGGGUUUGAUACCCAAUUGUAAUCAAGAGGCUGAGGACGAAUUGCUCAGUAUACUAUCGGCACUUCUUGUUAUAGCAAUCGAGGAGCCGGGCAUCCCGCACCCCGGGCGCCACACCACGCUGCUGGGGCACGCGCUGCGCCUGGCCGAGCCCGCGCCGCACACGCUCAGCGAGGUGCUGCGCAUCUACCUGUACGCGCAGGCCACGGCCGAGGUCAAGGCGCUCACCGGACUGACGGUGGAACGCGAGCGUGACCGGCGCGUGGCUGACCAUCACCAGAGUGACGCGGAGAUGCAGACCGCGUGCGCCAAUUCCAAGAACGCGAUAUACUACGAGCACCUUCACAGCAACGCUACUUACAAGCUGUCGGAGAUGCUGCGCGACAAGCCGUUCGUGUCGCUGAGCCCGGCCAGCAAGGCGCGCAUGCUGGCGCGCGUGUGCGACGAGCUGCUGCAGAGCCGCGCCGUGCUGCGCCAGCUGGACGCCUCGCUGGAGCAGCUGGCCACGCUGCGCCGCGAGCGCUACCUGCUGGACGCGCGCAUCCGCAAGGUGCGCGCGCUGCAGCAGCGCAAGGCGCGCGCGGAGGCGGCGGAGCGGCAGCAGGCGCUGGCGCUCGAGCGCAUGCAGCGCCUCGUGGACGACGCGCACGCGCACGCGCCCGAACAUCCAGAAAAGGUGGACACGCCCAAAAAGCAAGACAAAGAAUCAUCCCCACAUUCGAAUGAUAAACUGAACACACCAUCACCUUACAAAGAAAAUCCAGAAGAAAGUGAUAAGGAACUAUCGCCCUUGAAAGAUCUGUCAAAUAAUAUGAAGAAUAAAGAAAUGAUAAACAACAAUAAGGCCGAUUGUUCGCCGGCUGAUGUCAAAAUCGAUAAAGACAGCGUCAUGGGCGAUUGUGAUGUGUUGAGUGAUCUGGAAAGCGAAGGAACCCAACCUGAAGAGGACGAGGACAAGAGCCUGUCGGCGGAGGAGCUGGCGCGCAAGCUGGAGCGGCUGGCGCGCGCGUCGGAGCAGCAGCUGCUGGCGCUGGCGGCCGGCUCCGGCGCGCUGCGCGCCGCCUGCUUCGGACAGGACAGGUACUGGCGUCGCUACUGGUCGCUAGGAAAAUGCGGUGGAGUUUUCGUGGAAGCGAUGGAGUCCGCUCAACCGGAAAUAUUAGAAUACCAUGCAAAGUUAGAAGAGGACGCGUUAUACCCCAAGCCCAAGAUAAAGAAACCUAAAGAAAAUAUCGAUACAGAACCGAAAACAGAAAAAGAACAGCCACCCGAUAUAGAUGAAGAAGCAGAGGCAUUAGAACUAAGGAGUAUCAAGAAUGAAUUAAACUUAAGUGACAGAACGCAGAUUAUCAAAUAUGAGCCCAAUGUCACGCACGGCGCUUGUAAGGUGGAAGGUUCAAUUAAAAUGGAAGAGAAAUACAUUCAACACAAACAAAACAACGAGGAAGAAGACAUGUUAGAUAUAGAAGACUCCAUCCCAACCGCUUUUCUUGUACAGAAACCUUCCCACAAACCGAUGUACGCCACACAAGCAGAACCCGUCGAUAAACCGCAGGAGAUAGUGAAAGUCGAAAACGUUGUCAAAAACGAUCCAGAAGAAUCACAAGAAAACAAAGACAAUUUAGUCAAUAAUCUAGAAGAAUUACGAAAAAUGGCGGAAGCUGUAUCGUCUCAAUUGGACGCAGCGAAAAAAGCGGAAACGGAAAAAGCCGAAAAGGAGGCAAAAGUCGAAAUAGAAGAUAAGAAGGAAUUAAUGGAGACGGACGCGGCGCACGCGUUGCUUUAUUCAAAAAUGUUGGAAGGGAAAUGGUUCUCUAUUCUAAGGCACGAGAGUUCAUUUUUGACUAGCAUCAAUGAUGAUAAGUCGAACGAUGUCCCUGUGUUCUGUGACAACGAGCAUACUUGCUCAGAGGUCGUCAACUGUCAAGGUCAUAAAUGGGACGUGUCAAAUAAUUUGCAUCUAUUGAACGACCCGAGUCUUUUCACUUUGAAUUCGAUGGUGACGAGUGUACAAGUUCCGUCGAACAAUGUGUAUACGGAUUCUAGUUUGACGAUGUCUGGUCUGGAUCAAGAGAUGAUGGACGCCAGUUUAAAUAAAGGCGGCGUCGAGGAAACGGAAGUUGAAGAGAGUAAAGAACAGGAAAACGAUCUAGAAAAAGAACUCCAAGCGGACGCAACAAAAGACAUAGCCAUCCAAAAGGCCAAAGCGUCAGGUCUAUCAAGUCUAGGUCUCCUAAACUUUAACGCACUGUCGACAUAUGUCACCUGUGAUAGCCCACCGCCCAUACAAAUGUCUGCCGAGGAGCUGGAACAGCUGGAACACUGCAAGAUACACGGCCUACCCAAGAAGGUUGAGGGGAAUUAUGUUCCUAAGGAUUUGAGGCAUGGCUGGUGGCGUAUUACAGACGAGGAACAACUUAGAGCCGUUAUCGACGCUCUGCAUCCUAGAGGAGCGCGGGAGAGAGAACUACACGCGGCCUUCUCGCACAACCUACCCACACUCAACAAUAAGGUAAGUUAUUUUACAAGAAUUUACGUUUGCUUUCGGUUUACGUUAGUAAACAUAUGGUACCUGCACAUCGACAAGGGCGAGCCGGCGACGCAGCUGGCGGCCACGGCGGAGGAGCGCGCGCUGGCGCAGGGCGGCGCCUGCCCGCCGCCCGACGAGCCCGGCGCCUUCUGCGCCACCACCGCGCGCCGCGUCGACAUGGAGCUGCUGGCCAUGGUGAGGGGCGCCGGCCGCUUGGACGUGUUCGCUGUACAGCAGCGUGACGUGCUCUCCCAGAGUGCACUUCCGCAGGUCGAGGCGCUGGAGGAGCGCGUGGCGGCCGCGUCCAUGCAGGUGAAGGGCUGGCGCGCGGCGCGGCUCGCCCUGCCGGCCGCCGCCUCCGGCGCGGAGAUCGUGGCGCGCGCCCGCCACAAGCUGGCCGCGCUGGAGGCGCACGUGGAGCGCCGCUACCUCAAGCCGCCGCUCGUGCACAGGUGCGUGUGUGUUACUGUGCGACUGUCAAAGUGUACAUACAAAAUACAUUAUGCCGCAUAUUUAACAGGUGAUAACAAAGGCAUAGCCCGCGGUUUGGCGACUUGGCGAGAAGCGGUGGCGCGCUGCAAUACAUCAGCCCAGCUAGCCAUGUUGCUACAGGCGCUAGAAGCCGCUAUUGCCUGGGACAAGAGUAUAAUGAAAGCGAAUUGUCAAUUCUGUUUGUCCGGCGAUAACGAGGAUCAGUUGUUGCUGUGCGACGGUUGUGAUAAGGGCUACCACACAUACUGUUUCAAGCCGAGGAUGGAGAAGAUACCGGAAGGGGACUGGUACUGCUGGGAGUGCGUGAACAAGGCGCGGGGCGGCGCGCGCGAGCGCGUGUGCAUCGUGUGCGGCGGCGCGGCGCGGGGCCGCGCGCUGCCCUGCGCGCUGUGUGCGCGCGCCUUCCACCUCGACUGCCACUACCCGCCGCUGCUCAAGACUCCGCGCGGCAAGUGGUAUUGCUCGCAGUGCAUUUCUCGCGCUCCACCUAAAAAACCACGCAAGACGAAGCGAGACAACAAACACAAAGACACUAGCGCCACCAUUGAGCUCGACAAUACCAUGGUGCCCAGUCCCGCGGCAUCCCACGCGUCCACAUCAACUACAGCCGAGGACCCCACAAGCGCCCCCACGCCUGAAAAGGAGCCCGACAAGUCUGAUGAGCCGCCAGCGGAGCCCCCACACCUCGAGCCUACGCCCCCGGAGUCCGAGAACGGACUUAACCAUCACACUGUGGUGGCGGAGCCCCCCGAGACGCCAGAGAAACGCCGCGCUCCGCUGGUGGCCGGCAAUGGAGCCCUACACGAUGACGAGCCUGGCGAUGGACUCGCGGACGACCGCGAAUCAGAAAACCUGCCGCUCCUAUCUCGCGCUAAGAAGGAGAAAAAUAGUGCCAAAAAAGUUAUCAAGGAUAUGCAGUUCUGCAAGAAUCUACUCUGCGAGAUGGAGUGCCACGAGCACGCUUGGCCAUUUCUAAUUCCAGUGAACACUAAGCAAUUCCCUCAGUACAAGAAAGUGAUCAAGUGCCCCAUGGAUCUGUCUACUAUUAAGAAGAAAAUUCAUGAUUCGGUAUAUAAAUGCAAAGAAGAAUUUGCAUCAGACGUUCGUCUAAUAUUCAGUAACUGUGAAGUAUUUAACGAAGACGAUAGUCCUGUGGGUCGAGCGGGACAUUGCAUGAGGCAGUUCUUUGAGGAACGAUGGGCCCAUGCUUGACAGAACACUGAACUUCUAAAUGGACCUGUAAACUUCAAAAUGGGCCAGUGAACUUCGAAAUGGUCCAGUAAAGUGAAAUGUAGACUCAAAUAUGUUGUGAUAUGUGUGGACGUUUGAAAAGUGCUCAAAAGCAUAUUAUGUGUAAUCAAUAGAAUAUCAAGUGCAGUGAAAAUGAUUGCUAAAUGAAAUUAAAAGAAAUUCAAUUUACUAUGAUAGUAUUUUAAAGUAUUUCUAAUAAAGAUUGAUACAAAGGAGCUAUUAUUAUUUGUCUUGUCUGAACGUGUACGACAGGAUAGUUUAUUUAUGAAAGUUUAUGUUGAUCUCAAUAUUAGUAAGAUCACGCUAUAGAAUGAUACAAUAAGCUGACUCAGUGAGACAAUAAUAUUUUAACAUGACAUUUUUAAUACUACGUUUUGUAAUAAAAGGGGAAAAUGUAUUUGGUUUACUCUAGAACACAAUGUAUAUUUUAUUGUUUCCCAUCCAUCGCGUCAUAAAAAAAAUUUAUUUAUUAAAUUAAACGUUUUAAUCAUUCAAAUACGACUUAACAAAAACAUUCCUAAGGAUAUAGAACUCCAGACCGUAGUGGGUCACAAAAUCGGAUAGGACGAAGUGUAUAUUACGAAUCUCAUGUAAAAAAUGUGAUUUUUUUAUUGUAAACAAGGUGACGCACAUGUACGAGUGAACUUGUUACUUUAAACUGUAUAUAUUAUGAUAAACACUAAAAGUAUUAAGAUUUAUCUUUAAGUAUAGAAAAAAUUAGAUUGUUGGUGUCAUUUUACGAAUAUUAUUUUUAUAAUUUGCGUAGCAACGAAGCAGUAUUCUAACACUUCUGCAUUUCUUUCGAUACUGAAUUUGGCCAGUUGUUAUAGGGAUUGUAAAUGUGUAUUUGGAUGUAAAAUAUUGAAUAAUUCAAAUUAUUUGUAGACGGUUCACUGUAUGUGUAGGAAAGUCAGUGUAAUCUACAGGUUUGGACCAGGGUAUAUAGGGCACUUUAUUCACUCAUAUAUGCAAUAUUUCAUAUUAAAAGAUUAUAUAUUAUUUUAUAUUGUAACAUGUUUUUCGACCCUGGCCUAAACUGUAAAUUAAAUUUUGUUGAAUAGAAUAGAAUAUGGGUAAGUGUAGAUUAGGCCUAACGUUGUGAAAUGGUAACACUGAUUGUUGAUGAUAAUGACCUUUUGAAUUUCGAAUCUUCCACACAUCUGUGUCUAAUAUUGCCAUUAUAUCAAAUUGUAUUUGAUUUUAAAAAAUAUUAUUAAAAAGUUUUUUGUGAUAAAUGAAUAAACUGUCUUACUACUUUUUA